AGGUAUUGCCAGACUUCUGAAGUGGUUGACCAAGAUCUAAGGACUUAGAACACAGGUGUGUGAUGUCAAUCUAGUGGGCAGAGCUUGGGGCCUUCCCCACCAGCCUGGAGCGUCAUGUGCCAGUAUGAACAUUAAGAAAGAAAGGCGCACUUCAGAGCUCAGCAUCCAGGAAAGAAAAAAGGAGAAACUAAACAGAGAGAACAAACGACUGUACUGCUUGCAAAACUUCGGGCAGUUAACUUUUUCUCCUGAGAAGUUUUAUCUUGGCUGUUGAGAGAGAGCUGAAAAAGCAGAGCAGCAACAGUGAUUUUCUUUUUUUGUUUCUUUUUUAAUUUAAUUUUUUCCUGUUGUAUCUGGAUUUAAGACUGUCAACUGCACUGAUCACAAGCACUGGACAUCAAUAUGUGUCAUGUCAUUGUAACAUGUCGGUCGAUGCUAUGGACACUCCUGAGUAUUGUCGUGGCUUUUGCAGAGCUCAUUGCUUUCAUGAGUGCAGAUUGGCUGAUUGGCAAAGCGAAGCCUUGGAGCUCUGAGGAUAUGGACAACAGAACAGGAGGGUCACAGGAACCCUACCACCCAACGCUGGGCAUCUAUGGGCGUUGCACCAGGAUCUCCCACGUGCAGGUUUCUAGACGAGACACGCUUUGUGGUCCUUACGCUGAAAACUUCAGUGAGAUUGCCAGUGGGUUCUGGCAGGCUACCGCUAUUUUCCUAGCUGUGGGAAUCAUGAUUCUCUGCGCUGUGGCGUUUGUGUCCGUCUUUACUAUGUGUGUGCAGAGUAUUAUGAAGAAAAGUAUUUUUAAUGUCUGUGGGCUGCUACAAGGGAUUGCAGGCCUCUUCCUUAUCUUAGGCUUGAUACUUUACCCUGCAGGCUGGGGAUGCCAGAAAGCAAUAAGCUAUUGUGGACAUUAUGCUUCUGCUUACAAACUAGGAGACUGCUCGUUGGGCUGGGCUUUCUACACAGCUAUCGGUGGCACUGUUCUGACAUUCAUCUGUGCGGUCUUCUCGGCGCAAGCUGAAAUUGCCACAUCCAGUGACAAAGUACAAGAAGAAAUAGAAGAAGGGAAAAACCUUAUCUGCCUCCUCUAACUACAGUGGGAAAAAUACCAGUGCCUGGAUCUUAAUCUGCUGUUCAGUGACUUGAUAAGCAGAUUCACUUGCCUGUUUCCACCACUUGUGUGAUUGAGCCCCAUGCAUUCCAGCCUUGAACUACUGAAACAGUCUUUCUUCCUUGCUGGGCAAUGAGGAUCAGAGAAAGGAUCCCAAGAAAACAGAAUGUAAAUACUUGGGAAUUUUUUAGUUUCAUUAUAUUAUCAGGACUAAGUG